AUGCAUCAGGCUACUAGUCUGCAGCUAUCAGCCGGCAAGAACCUUCUUCGAUAUCUAAAAGGAACUACAGACCUAGCUAUAUGCUAUUGGUCUAAGUCAACAACACCCAAUCUAUCAGGAUAUUCCGACAGCGACUUUGCAGGUGACUUGGAUUCUUCUAAGUCUACCUAUGGGUACCUCUUUACCCUAGCAGGCGGACCAAUCUGCUGGAAAUCAAAAAGGGCUAGUACUAUUGCUCUUUCUACUGUAGAGGCAGAAUCGGAUGCCCUACUGGAAGCGAUUCGGGAACUUAAAUGGCUAGACGGCCUAUUUACAGAAAUCGAUAAAGGCCUUAAAAAACCUAUACCACUUCUGUGCGAUAACAACGGAUCUAUCUCUAACGCCAACAAUCCCAAUCAGCAUAACCGAACAAAGCAUACACUGCUAAAGUUCCGGUAUAUUCGGCAAGAAGCAACCAAUGGGCUAGCCAAAAUCAGUUACCUGAACACUAAGUCUAUGCCUGCCGAUGGUCUUACUAAGGCCCUUACCGCUGAUCUCUUCCAACGCUACCUUGGCCUACUAGGUCUCUAA